AUGAAGCUUCAACUGGGAAUUGCCCUUUUAUGCAUUAUUUGCUUAAUCUGGACUCAAGAAAUUCUUUGCGAUGAACCUUUUACUACAUCUAGCACAAACAAGUGGACAUGUACCUGUUCUUCUGCAUAUCAAGGGAACCAGAGCUUUGCUAUCUCGACUAAUUGUUCUUCAUCCUGUGAUUGCAGUCUUGCUGCAGGAGGAUCAAAUGGAAACAAAUGGAUAUGCAUUUGUGCUGCUGAUGGAUUCCCUAAAUUGGCUGCUGAUAGUAAUGAUACAAACUGUUUCACGACCUGCAAUUGUAAUUCAGGGAUGGCUGCUCAUAGAGUUCAGUGGGGUCAAUUGAUCUCACUUGCUGUAGGUACAGUCGCAGAGAUUGAAACCCUGAUUUCUCGAGUGAACUUUGUUAAACAGAUUGGAAGAUUUAUCAUGAAGAGCAUCCAUGAGUGGACAUCCUCUUUCUUAUGA